CAAAACCUCAAAAUCAAAACCCUUGCAGCAGCUGGAGAAAAAAAAAAAAAGAGCAAGCCGUCAUAUCGCCUGCGGCACAACACCACGCACCGAUCCGGCCAUCACCAUCCUAGCCUGUCGAAUCCUUUCAAUUGGCCCUUGGCCGCCGGCUCCCAGAAUUCCUCGCGACCAUGUCGUCCUCGCUCAAGUCGCUAUGCCUGCGCAUCCCCGCAGCAGCGCCCGCCAGCCUCGUGCGAUGCGGUCCUAAAGCUUCGUUCUCGGCGCAGCAGCAGCUCUGCGCUCAGCCUCGCGCCUUGUCCUUGUCCGCAACGACCUUUUCCCGCGCCAACCACAGCCUGGCCGGCUCCAGCCCGUCGCGGCCGUCCAUCGCCAGCCUCGUCGCAAAGACUCGAAGCGCUUCUUGCUCCCCCACAUCGUCAUCAUCGUCAUCGUCGGCCGUCCGUCUGCGUCUCCAGCCCUACUCCAGCGCCUCCGCCCCAGCCUCUGCGCCGGCCCUCGACUGGGACUCCUUCUUCAAGCUGCGCCUUCGCCGCCGCCGCAUCCAGCUUCUCUUCUCCGUGGCCACGGGCCUGCUGGGCGGCGCGGUCGGCACCGUCGUUUUAGCCGAGGGCUUUGCCGAGCCGCUGGUUGCGCAGGUGCCGCUGGAUCCCUUCUUCACGCUGGGCAUCAUGACCAUGGCGUGCGCCGGCAUGGGCUGGCUGGUCGGGCCGACGCUCGGCAACCAGGUCUUCUACAUCAUCAACCGCCGCUUCAAGACGCAGAUGCUGCAGAAGGAGGGCGAGUUCUUUGCCCGCGUCAAGCGGCACCGCGCCGACCCUACAAACUCGAGCGCAGGCAACCCAGUUCCCGAUUUCUACGGCGAAAAGAUCCAGAGCGUUGCCGGAUAUCGAAGGUGGCUGAAGGACCAGCGAGCGUUUAACAAGAAGAAGUCGGCAUCCUUUGUUUAAAAAGAACAGAGGUACACAAUCAUAAAAAACAAACUCGGCAAAGGAUAUGUGCAAUGGUUAGCAAAUCAUACGGUGCGUGAGAAGAAAAAAAAACUCGCUUUCUCAUCCUUCGUACCUUUGAAAGCAUGCUUUGGGACGGCGGAAAACCCGGUGGACGAAAAACAAAAAAGAGCCCUUUCCCUUUUGCUGGGACUGUGGACGUGUAGGAUUGUACUUUGUGCGUGUAUUAUAUAUAAUGAGAAAACUCUCUUGUUCGCAAUUGACGCCUUUUAUACCUUGUAUCUGAUGACUU